CCGCCCCCGCCAGCCGCCCAUAUAGUGUAGCCCUGGCGCGCGCGCGCACCAUUGUGUGGCUGGACUCGGCCGCCGCUGCGGUGUGAGGUGCGUGUUCGAGUUCUCGCCGUCCCCGCACCCGCACCGCGGCCACUGUUUUGCGGUCCGUAGUUCGACAGCCAGGCCUUGGGCCCCCAGCCCGCCACGGACAUGCCGCGCGUCUACAUAGGACGCUUGAGCUACAACGUCCGGGAGAAGGACAUCCAGCGCUUUUUUAGCGGCUAUGGCCGCCUCCUCGAAGUAGACCUCAAAAAUGGGUUGUUCCCUUCAUGUGAUAAAGGUGGUGGAGGUGGAUACAGCAGUCGGAGAACCUCUGGGAGAGACAAAUAUGGACCACCUGUUCGUACAGAAUACAGGCUUAUUGUAGAAAAUCUUUCUAGUCGUUGCAGUUGGCAAGAUUUAAAGGACUUUAUGCGACAAGCAGGUGAAGUAACCUAUGCGGAUGCUCACAAGGAACGUACAAAUGAGGGUGUAAUUGAGUUUCGCUCCUACUCUGACAUGAAGCGUGCUUUGGACAAAUUGGAUGGUACAGAAAUAAAUGGCAGAAAUAUUAGGCUUAUUGAAGAUAAGCCACGCACAAGCCAUAGGCGAUCUUAUUCUGGAAGCAGAUCUAGGUCUCGAUCUAGAAGAAGGUCACGAAGUAGGAGUCGCAGGAGCAGCCGCAGUAGAUCUCGAAGUAUCUCAAAAAGUCGCUCCCGAUCCAGGUCACGGAGCAAAGGUCGAUCACGUUCUCGAUCAAAAGGCAGGAAAUCGAGAUCGAAGAGUAAAUCUAAGCCCAAGUCUGAUCGGGGCUCCCGUUCACGUUCUCGAAGCAGAUCUAAGGAUGAGUAUGAGAAAUCUCGAAGCAGGUCUCGGUCUCGGUCUCGAUCCCCCAAAGAAAAUGGAAAAGGUGAUAUAAAAUCAAAAUCCAGAUCAAGGAGCAAGUCUCGUUCCAAUUCACCCCUACCUGUUCCACCCUCAAAGGCUCGUUCUGUGUCCCCCCAACCAAAAAGAGCUUCAAGAUCCCGUUCUAGAUCUCACUCAAAGUCAAGAUCAAGGUCUAGAUCGAGUUCCAGAGAUUAACCCAGAACUCUUUGUUCUUUGCACACUAUUAUGGAACACUUUCCUACUUGUUUAGGCAGUUACUCUUCCAUGUUUAUACUUGGCCUCUUCUGCAAGAGGAAUCUCCUGAAAACAGGGGCACACAGAAAUUUGAUUUGUGGCCAAAUUUGAUGAAAAAGAUGAGGUUCUAAGGAAAAGGUGGCAUGAAGUCAAAGACCCUCUCCCUUCUUUGUAGAAUUAAGAUAACUUUGAUUUUAUAGCUUUUGAGCUAAAAUAACUUUUGUAAAGAUUAAGCUCAUUUAGAUUUUUUUAAAAGUAUUUCAGCAGGAUCUGCUGCAGGGGUUUUUGUUUUAUUUGUUUGCUUAUUUUUAAAUUAACCGUUUCAAGCUUUGAAUACCUAAGGCUUUACAGGGAGAAUCCAAUUUUCAAUUAUGUUGGCUUUUUAUAAAGCUUGAGUUAUGUAAGAUUUAAAUAAAAGUUUGCUACCAAGAUGACUGCCUUAUUGAAUAGGUCACUAUUCCUUUAAAUGUUGAUAUCUGCCAUUUGUUGAAACAAUGUAAAUUCGACUUAAGUGUAAAACAAGGCAAGCCUCAGACCAGCAAUAAAUUAUUCCGUUUGGAUGAUAAUAUCUUGUGCUGUCAAUCAAAUUUGCCAGUCUUUAUCUGCCCCUUUAACAAGUUGAGUUAAAAAUUAACAGUAUUUUGUAG